AUGCCGGCCUGUGGGCGUUGCGGUGGCGCGCGACGUGGCAGAGGACGAGGGUGGUGCAGCAGCGUGGCUUGCAGAAGGGCAGAGCAAGAAGAGAAAGAGGAGCAGCAGCAAGCUGCAAAGCGCCAGCGGCAAAUCGAACGAGAAGGGCAAGGGGCUGGUUCACGAGGGCCUUGCCCAGGGGAAGGUGGCCGGCCUAUGGAUACUGAGGAGGCCCGACUUGGGCUUGCUUUCUUUGGUGACCAGGACUUUCAAGAUGUGAAGAAGGCCUAUGAAAAGUUCCUGGGCAAGUGGGGCCGCUUUGGCUUGUCGACGGUUUGUGAGGAAUGCGGCAUGUUAACUCCAGGGAAGCAUUGCUGCUUUUCAAAGACAAUGCAGAAGAUGGCUUGCAAAAACUGCCGGGAAAAGAGGACCAAGUACACGCUUGCGACGUUGCCGCCCAUUCCAGCACCUUUAGCCGCCCUGAAUCCUUUGGAGAAGCGGCUGCUCGCCAAGGCGAAAGUGGACCAGGUGUUGAUUGACAAGCUACCUGCUGGCGGGCCCAGCGCGCAAUGGGGGAGGAUGUAUGUGGUGCCCAUGGAUGAGCCUUGCCUGUGCGAUGUGCUGGACGGCGCCGAGCUUGGGGAGGAUGGCCAAGUCUAUGUGAAGGGCGUGCAAGGCAUGAUGUCAUCAACGACCCGACUCCAACAUCUCAAGGCCGCCCUACAAAUUUUGCACGCGCAACAUGCGGAAUACAAAGGAAGCGCUGUUGUGGAGAAGGCCCUCGGCAACAUGAACCGCAUCCUGGAGCACGUGACCGCCGCCCGGCCGCUUCCAAAUCAUGAAGGGCCAGAUGAUGGAGAGGACAACCUGGAGAUCAUCUACCUGCUACCCCGCGACCCUGCCAUCCCCAAGGCCGACCGAAGCGAUUUGCAAGAGCUUCGGCGCAAAGCCCGGCACACCGUUGUCAACGUCGACACCGUGCUUUUUCCGCACCUAUUUCCUGAUGGCCGAGGAGGUUAUGACCCGGGUGCCCACAAGGAGUUCUACGUGUAUGCUCGGAAGCGCUUGCUUGGACAAGAUGGGCGCUUCGAGGCUGAUGCCGCCUACAUCAUGUGGUUGCUGGAGGAGCACAUGAAGAAACGCCUGUCCGGCAAUGUCAACGUCCGCAUAAAAGAUCUGCACGCGCCCAAGCUCGGCGACAGGUUUGCCGACUUCAACAACAAGAUCUUCACUGCCUUGCGCGAUUUGCCUGGCACGCAGCCCUACCUCUUCUCCAAGCGGGGCAUGGCCCUGGGCAUGUAUGAGCAGCUGGGCAAGCCGCAGUUCUUCUUGACUUUGACAUGCCACGCCAAACAACCCAACAUCUUGGCGGCCGUGAUCACUGCCAAGCUCAUCCGAAUGCAUGGGCGCGCGCAGCAAGAAGAGGUUCUCAAGGCUCUCCACGAGUACCAGAGAGACGAGAACUACAAGUGGCACGGCAUGACGGCCACCCAGCUCUGCAACUCCAUGCCGGCAAUUGUGGCCCGGCAGUUCAUGCAUGGCCUGCGGCAGCUUCUACAUUGGCUUGGCGCUGAGGAUUUCGUAGCUGCAGCAGCUGAUGAGCAGGACCGGCCAGGUGAAGAUGGUGGGGGCAGCCACCGCAAAGGCGACGAUGAGGAGUACGAGGUGGCCCCUGCCAUGGGCCAAGCAGGUGGAAAGAAGCGGCCUGAAAGCGCAACAGCAGGUGAUGAGGGGCGAGCAGAGAAAGAGGAGAAGGAGGUUGAUUGGUCCGACGACGAGGUGUGCGCCAGCAUCAUACCCACCAGCGCCGAGGACCUCAGCGACAAAUACAUCAGCACCAAAUCUGCCAACCGAUGGAUGAAGGAUGACCGCGUGGAGCCGGAGAUGCGUGAAGUCAUGGCCAAGCUGGCGCACUUGGUGGAACAUUCUUGCGGCCCCUACUGCGGCAAAUACACCUUGGGCUCCUGCCGCUUUGGGUUUCCGAGGGCGGCAGAGAAGCGAACCCGUUGGCGCACCCCUCAAGAACAAUUCGCCAGCCGCUGGAAAUCGAGCAUUGCAGCCAGGAGGCAUGAAGAUGAUGGCUUCGUGGGCCAGUACAACAAGGCCAUCCUCCGUCAGUGGCGGGCCAGCAUGGACCUGCAAGUGGUCUGCGAGCUCAAUUGCGCCAGCAAGUACAUCCUGGGCUACUGCUUUAAGUCCGAAGAGGACCUGGCUGCCAAGAAGCGUGUGGACGACAUCUUGCAAACCUACCUACAGGAUGCUGGACGUGUGGACCUCAGCAACAACGAGGUGUACAAGGCCGCGCAUGCUGCAACACAGGGCCGAACAACCUCCACCUUUGAAGCUGUGCAUUACAUCUUGGGCUAUUCGCCGGUCUUCUUCUCCAGAGACAACGUGUGGCUUCAAGUGGGGCCUCCCAGCACAUGGACAUUGUCAGUGCCGCAGGCAGAUGAACAGGAAGCCCUCCAAGACCCGAUUGCCUACAAAGGCAAACAGCAAGAGGUGGGCCAACACGUCCCAUCAGCACAUCGGUGGUACCAACAGCUACAACAACAUUUCCCAGAUGUGGAGGUCCUGGUGCCCGUGGAGGGGCGCGUGCCCAUAUCAAAACCCUGGCGCGAGAUCACCUUCUUCGACUUCGCUGCUGGCUUCCGCUUUGGAGGACGGACUUUCGACCCUGACAAGGUCGUGGCAAGGAAGCGGCCUGCCGUCGUUGGGCAUCGCAACUACAGCCCGGAUUUGCAACCAGAAGAGUUCUACUACUCGAAGAUGCUCCUUUACCUACGAUGGGUCGAACCGGGAGAUUGGCUCACAGAAGCAGAUUGCGGCAGCCAUACUGCAGCUUUUCAUCGCAUUGCCAUGGACCGCGACCAGCAUCCCACCUUCCUGCAGUCAAUUUGCUUUCCGAAGUUGGAUGGAACGGUGCAAGCAGCAAGAGAACUGCAAGCAGUACAGGCGGUGAUGUUCCUCAAGGCCAAAUUGGACAACUCCACCUGGACGCACACCCGCGCGGAAGAGGAGAACUACCAAGACUCCAUGCGCAUCAUGCAGGCGCUGAAGGAGCGCCAUGGCGAGGACAUCGACUUCAUGGCCCCGAGCAACGUGCCAACUGGACCUGCUACUGACAUCUUUGCUCCAGAAGCUUUCAACAUGCUGACCAUCGAGAGCCCGAGUCCAGAAGUAUUGAAACAGAGGCGUUGCAUGGAGUACAUUCUCCGCUCGGUGCUAGAAGGGCCCAAUUCUAGGGACAGAAGCAAGAUGCAACGCCUCAACCUGUUGGUUCAUGGGCCGGGCGGCUGCGGGAAGUCAGUGGUGACCAGGGCUGCCGCGCACAUGUUGCGCCAGAGCGAGCGAGGUGUGGUGCUGGCAGCGCCAACUGGGGUUGCAGCCUUCAACAUCAAUGGUACCACUUUGCAUUCGAGCCUCCUGCUCCCUGUUCAGAACCAAAGCUAUGGAAAAGUGGGGGAUGUACCGCUGCCACGAGGCGAACAACUGGCUGCAUUGCAGAGCUUUUGGAAGCAUGUUGAUGUUUUGAUGGUUGACGAGAUGAGCUUCGUGUCGUCUGCUUUGUUGGACCGCAUGGACAAGCACCUGCGCUUGGCCAGAGAAAUGCCACAUCACCCCUUUGGCGGGUUGCACGUGAUCUUCAUCGGCGACCUCUAUCAGCUACCGCCUCCUGGAGGCCGGCCGAUCUUUGCGAGCAAUCUGUGGGGGACGUUGGAGCUUUGCGAGCUGGAAGGCAAUCAGCGGGCAGGGCGAGAUCCAGCAUGGGCAGCGCUACUGGCGCGGGUUCGGGUGGGCAUUUGGACAGAUGCUGAUAUUGGGGUCCUGGACAGCCUAGUCAUUGGCAAGCGCAGCAGUCGUCAGCCAGCACCUGGCGCAGUUCACCUCUACGCAACCCGUGCAGCCGUGGCGACCUGCAAUCGCCACUACAUACAGGACCAUGUGGAGAUUACUCACGCCGACCUCCACGAAUGCCCUGCGGUGGACAUCUCCGUCGGCUCCGGCGCCCCUUUACCUCCUGAGAAGGCGUGGCCGCUCGCAGAGGAUACCGGUGGCAUGGAGUCAUUGCUGACGCUAGCUGAGGGUGCUAAGGUCAUGCUGCGGAAGAACCUCGACGUCCAAGAUGGCUUGGUCAACGGUGCCUGCGGGGUAGUUCAGCACGUUGAUACCUACAGCAACCGGGAGGUCGAAAAGGUGUGGGUCAAGUUCGACAAGGGGGCGGGUAGCAAGUGGCAGGCGGCCAAUGAGACUCAAUGCGUUGCCAUCCGUAGGAGCAGCGCCUCUUUUGAUGACAAGGAUGGGAACAAGGCGGAGCGUAGGCAAUUCCCUUUGGUCUUGGCGAAGGCAAACACCAUCCACAAGAGCCAGGCAGCCACGUAUCAUGCAGGAGUUCAUGUGCGAUUGGACAAGCACGUCAAGCAAGAUGGCCAAGCGUACGUGGCAUUGAGUCGCUCACCCACACAGGCAUUGUGCACCCUAGAGCGCUUCGACAAAGCCAGUCUGCACUUCAACGCUAAUGCGCAGCGGGCCUUGGUGGUGCUGAUGGAGGAGCAAGCGCGAAGCAGUGGGCCCAGGACAGCAAGCCUGCAGCAACUUUGGGAAGAAGUGGUGCGACCAGCAGAGAGCCAUGGCUACUACCAGCAGCUUUUGCACCGCUUACCGCGCCCAGAUUGGCAACAAUAUGAUGAAGAGCAACGUGCCAAAGCCAGACCAGCAGAGAAUGAAGCCAAGAAGGAUGGUGGGAAGUUGGUGUGCCCUCGCUGUGGCUGGGUGGCGGAUGAUGAUGCGGCCUACAAGCAACACAAAUCCGCUUGCCCGGCAAAGAAGCCACCAGGGCCAAAAGCCAAACGCAAGCAGGCGCCAAAGCCCAGAGCCAAGCCCAAAGCGAAGAACGGUAAAGAUUCCACAACGGAAGGAGCAAGUACAGAUCCAGUGCCACCGGCCAAGGCGCCCAGACGAGGUGUUGAUCCACCAGCGCCUCCGAGCCCACCACCCUUGCCACCGCCAGCAGAUCCACCAUCGGACGACUCGGAGCCAGCUGCGCCAUGCUUCUUCUUUCAAAGACAACAGGCAGCCCAUUGCGGAAUGCACGCUCUCAACAAUUCCUUGGGCGAGGCGCUGUUUACCCCAUCGGCCAUGCAAACAGCUGCGCAAACGUACCUGCAAGAAAUGCAGGGCGUUGACGACGCCAGAGAUGAGCACAUCCGAGUUGGAGGGUGGUGCUCGGUGCAAGUGCUUUACACAGCUAUGUUUGAAAAGGGCUUCACAUUGGACUUCCAUGCGCCCCUCCACACCUGGGAAGAAGCUCUCCCAGCAACGGCGUUGAUCCAGAACUGGAACAACCAGCAUUGGGUGACGUACCGCUGGGGCAGCGAUGGUGGAAUCUAUCGGUUGGACUCCAUGCAGCCCGGUCCUAGCAAAGUGAGUGAGGCCGAAUUCGUUGCAUCCAUGGCAAUCCACUGGACCUAUGCCGUCAAGCGGCAAAGUGAAACCCUCUGA